CAGGAAUCAUCAAUGGUCCAGUGCGCAGGUGCCGCCGAUUUGUACUGCCCUGCUACGACGUUAUUACGGUGUUGUUAAGGGUUGCAAAUACUGUCUCCUAAUCGUCUGUGCUGUUAUCAUUUUUCAUGGCUAGCGACAUUAACGAGAAAUACCUCGUUUUGUUGAUACAAAUUGAGAGGAUUUAAUUCAAUGCGAAAUGUAGCUUUGCAAAGCGAGCAUCCUGUCUACAAGUUCUAGUUGUACAUAGUGAUAUUAAAACCAGGGGCACAUAUAGCUAGCCAUCAGUCAGGUGUCUAUGGUCUAGCUAGAUUGCUAACUUGCGUGGUCCAGGGAGCUGUUCAUUCAGCCUGGUGCCACACAUAAAAAUACAUAAUGGCAGAUUCUUCACCAUUAUCUGGAGUUAAUGUAGUUCUAGUAAUGGCCUAUGGAAGUCUGGUGUUUGUGUUGCUAUUCAUCUUCGUUAAGAGGCAAAUUAUGCGUUUUGCCAUGCGAUCUCGUCGAGGACCCCAUGCGCCCAUUGGACACAAUGCACCUAAGGGCUUGAGGGAGAAGAUCGAUUCAAGGCUUACCAAGGUUCAGGAAAUCCGCUUUGAGCCACGUCUGUUAUCAGAGGAGGACGAUAGGCUGAAGCAUCCUUCACAAAUCAGUUGCUACAACUACCUGUACAGAAUGAAAGCCCUUGAUGCCAUUCGCGACUCAGGUAUCACGCUGCAGGAGAUAAGCCACACCCCCGGGGCGUUCACCGGUCGCAGCUUCCGGAGCUGGCUGCUGGAGCUGCGCAACUCUCACUCCCUGAUCAAGAGCAGCCGCAGCGCGCUCAUCGACCGCCUGCUGGAAGGCUACGACAACGCCCGCCAUGGCACCGGGGUUUUUGGGGAAGCAGAGUAUUUGAAAUACCAACGCGCUCUAGAUGAAUUAGCGGAUGUGGUGAAGGCCUACUCCAGCAGCACCAGCCUGGACCUGCAGCACCAGUGUGCCGCAAAGGACCUGACGGGCUCCCCCGCACGCGGCACUACCCCCUCCACCAUCCAGGUCACCUACCUGCCCUCCACCAGCCAGCGCAGCAAGAGGCCCAAGCACUUCCUAGAGCUCAAGAGCUUCAAGGACAACUACAACACUCUCGAGAGCACCUUGUGAGAGAGAGACUUUCGGAGGGGAUCCAAUGCGCUCACACAGAGAAAAAGAGAGAUGCUCAGAACAAACAGGGGACGAGGUCAAUGCGGGGAAUGGGAGAACAAUUUGGAGUAAUACUGCAUUUAUAUUUUCUUACUUGACUUGAAUGUAUCUUCUGAUCCAUAUUGUUAUGGGUUAGAGACAUAUUUGUACAGAAUGCGUUAACUUAUUCAAAUCAUGUUGUGUGUUGGUGUUUGUGGUUUUGUGUUCAUUGUGAUGUGUGAUCUGAGAUAAACGUCAGACACGCCUGUAUUAUUGCUAGUUGUUUUUUUGCACACUAGGUGGCAGCAGUCACUCAGUGAUGUGACGACCGAGCAACAUUUCUGGUAAUAAAAUUGUAAACUUCAGAGGAAGACAAGACAGUACUCAAAUGCGCAAUUCAACAGGAUUUAUUGAAAGAAA